CCAGCGACCUUUCAAUAACAAGACGCUGGCUAUACCCCUGAGCCACAGCUGAGUUUAAAUCUCUUCACCUCCUUCACGCACCUCUAAGUGGGGGGGUUUGUUACAUAAUCAAUAAAAUUAAGUGCAUAAGCAAAUUGGGCAUAGAAUAACUCGUCAGUCCUUUCGCGAUUAUUCACAAUUAACUGACAGGGAAAUGAAAACUGUGAAAAAACGUGUCUGUUGGCAUUAAACCAACUUCUGAUAGAGUUUGGAGAUUUUCAGAAACUUCUCUUGUAUAUCCACGGGGACUGUUACUGUAAAACUCCUGCCCCGUCCCGUAUACGCACAGCUCCUCCCUCCCAAAAAUCCAGCGACAUCCCACAGUCAGCGCUCACAACUUGCCUCUCCAUCUCGUCACUUCAUCUGGUCGACGGACUGGACGCAUCAUCUCACGCUCCGGGAAUGGGAUCUCUACUGGGUGAAAAGAAAAACUUCGAGUUCUUUCGAGUUUACGCUCUCCAGAAGCUACUUUUCAAGCUGCAGGGAUAGUUGUUACUGCAGGUGCAGCGGGCAGAAAGCAACAAAGAGUCACUGGCCAAUGACUUCCAAGAAGUUGACGACAGUUUCAGACGCUAGGAAUCAGUACUGCAGUAGCACGAAGUGGUGAAUUUGGCGACUAGGAGAUUCAGACCAAGGCUACUUCAACCGAGGCGUGCGUAAAAUAUCUGUGCGUAAAGUUGGAGCUGUUGCGCACGGUUCGAAUUUAGCUCAAGUGGGGCAGCUGGUGCGAAACGUAUGAGAUAUAAGAGAUUUGUUAACUUUUAAGUCAGUGAGGAGUGUUAGUACCUAGACAGCCAUGGCAAAAUGGUUCAGGGAUUUCCCCAUCAACCUAAAGAACGGAAGCGAAAGGGUCCGCUCGGCCUCUGAAUCUGGGCCACAAACUCGAGCCAAGCCUUCGUUUUCCCGUGACAGUCUGAAAGGAAAUCCACGCAAAGAUGGAGGAGUUGGGGGGUUACUGGCAGGGAGAAACAGGAAGAAUUCGGCUAUAGAAUUGGGUCGUAACAACGCUGGUUCUGGCGGGACGGUCUGGGAUAGUCUCACAACUGGCAAAGGUCGCAAGAACUCCAAGGUCGACGCACCAGAUGAGAACCGCCAGGUCAGGACCUCCAGUUUGGCGCAAGCGUACAUCAGCAGGAUGAUCAAAGUGGACAAGCAGGACAAGACCCCCAAGCUGAACGGGAUAAGUGAACAGAAGCAGCCCGAGAACGAAAAGGGCAAAUCGGACAUUAAAACAACGCUGAUCAUCCUGGAGGACUACGCGGAUCCUUUCGAUGCAGAGAAAACCAAGGAGCAGAGGGAGGCUGAGAGGGCAGGCGUGAACGACGGCUACAUGGAGCCCUAUGACGCCCAGGUCAUCAUCACAGAGGUCCGCAGACGGGGCUCCAAAGACCUCCUGAAAGUGUGUGUUCUGUUGGACCGAGGCCAGAGAGAGGGGAAGGGAGGAGAGGGGAAGCCCAUGCCCCCAAAUAUCUACGACACGCCAUACGAGGGCGGGCUGGAAGGCGACCGCGAGGGGGUGUGGAUCCCUGUCACGCGGCCAGAGUCUGACGUCCGUCCCGCCGGAGAGUACGAACUACCCUGGGAAUGGAGAAAGGAGGACAUCGUGAGAGCGCUGUCAGCUCAGUUCGAGGCUGUGGAUUGUUCUCCCACUAAAGAGAACGGUUCAACCUCCGGACGCCAGCAGCAGCAGCAGUCGCAGCAACAGCAACAGCAACAGCAACAGCAGCAGCAGCAGCAGCAGCAGCAGCAGCAGCAGCAGCAGCAGCAGCAGCAGCAACACACCCUGAGGCAGAAAAACUGGAACCAUAAAACCCUCGUACCAUCCUCUUCAUCCUCCUCUUCUUCUCCCUCCUUUCCCUCCUCUCCUAUCCUCAAGCUCUCCCCUCUCUCACCGCCAUCUCCCUCUUUCCCCACCCUCAAACUCUCACCCUCCUCCAGUCCUAACAAACUCUCCCCUCCGUCUCCUACUUCUCCCAGUGCCCCACUGGAUGGGGAGGCAGCCAAAGUGGAGCCCAGCCUGCCCCUGGAGAAGCAGAGCUGGUACCAUGGCAGUGUGAGUCGGCAGCAGGCUGAGGCUCAGCUGCAGCGCUGCAGGGAAGCCAGCUUCCUGGUGAGGGACAGCGAAUCAGGAACCAGCAAGUACUCCAUCGCUCUGAAGACCAGUCAGAGUUGUGUGCACAUCAUCGUGGCCCAGACUAAGAGCGUUAAGGGCUUGGGCUUCACCCUGGAUCAGAGUAGCUGUGUCUUCUCCAGUAUCCCCGAGCUGGUCCACCACUACUGCACGCACAGACUGCCUUUCACUGGAGCAGAGCACAUGACCCUGCAGCAUCCUGUGCCCAGGCCACACUGAGCAAACAAACACACUGGGACAGAAAUACACAUGCGCAUUACACAAUUAUGCACAAAUGCACACAGACACACACUUGUUUAACACAUGUGUGCACACACAUACUCAAAGAUAUGCUGUUUUGGAUUUUGUCCUUUGUUUGUUUGUUUCUGUCGCUCACAUGUGCUCCCUAGUGGCCAAAAUUGUACAUUACAAUUUGCAUUGAUCACAUUGUUAGUGAGCUCAUUGUCCCCAGACUAAAAUCUGCAAAAUUCACAAACCCAACACCCUCUCUCUUAUUAUCUUAUCUUAUUUGCACCGUAGUUUUGUCCACUGAGCGUCCAGGCCACACAGAGCACUGGACCAAAUCGAUUUCCAUAACUAUGCACAAGAUGAAGCGCCGUGCUCACUUUAACCAAUCUGAUAUCUGAAGCGAGCGGAAAGGUUUAUAAUCACCUCACGGGAUGCCCCUUACAUCGAGGUGCUGACCUCAUCAUUUAGCACAAUGCCAUCUAGUUAGGCGUGGUCUGCCAGAUCAAUACACCUGAUUGGAGUAUAUUCAUUCAUCCAUCUGACGUGUCAAUCAGCACAUCGACCACUCCUGAAAUCAGGCUCAUUUGCCGGCCACUCUGUCAGUCAAGAGAAAGAGCUUUAUUGAUUAGAUGAUUAGUACUAGUGUAGUGGGAGGGGUCUUAUAGCAUUAUGGUGCCCCAUCAGCAAAAAUGCUUGAGUGUCUGUAAGUGCGCAAAGUGAACAUGUGCGGACACGUGGCGGACCCUGCCACCUUUCUAGCUACAAACACAAACUUCUGGACCUGAUUUUCCUCAGCUUGUUUAUUCAGUUAUGGAAAACAAUUACAUUUGAGUACAUGGGUUUGAAUUAUUAUUACCUCAUAAAUGUUGUGAACAUUAAGAUUCUGAGUUUGAAUUUCUUCUCCAAAACUACAUAGUGCCCUUUUAAUGACGUAUGUAUGAAGUGAUUAUUUGAUAUUGUCAGAUUAUUUUUUUUUUUACAUAAUUAUGUGUGCUGUUAUAUUAUUGUUGUAAGACUUUCAUGCAGUAAAUAAAAUUCACAUUAUCU